UUUGGCGGUGUUGCAAACAGACUGGUUUACUGUCUGUUGGUAUUUUGCAGCGAAAAAAACUUUUAACAUAAGUUUAUUGUUUUAAAGAUGUCUUUGAAAACUUACGGGGAUCGGCCAAUUAGUUUCCAAUUGGAAGAAAAUGGGGAAUUUUAUUGUAUAGGAUCUGAGGUCGGAAACUAUCUUAGGUUGUUUCGAGGGUCUCUAUACAAAAAAUAUCCUGGUAUGACCAGGCGUCUUAUAACAUCAGAAGAAAGGAAAAGAUUGGGUGAUCUAGGAUUGAAUCAACAUAUUUUGGCUUCAAAUAUUUCACUGCUCCGAGCAACAGAAGUUGAGGAUAUUAUAGAAGGCAGAGAAGAAAAGUACCGUGCUGUUUCUGUUCAAACUGUUGAACCACUUUUCCCCAAAGAUCCUAAAGCUAAAAAACCCAUUCCAUGGGUCCCGGCUAUACCAAAUAGUUCUCAUUUGGAUGCUGUUCCUCAAGCAACAUGCAUCAACAGAAACAGAUUAGGGCCUAAGAAAGUUCGAACAUUUCCACUCUGUUUUGAUGACACAGAUCCAGCUGCAGUCCAUGAAAACAGUAACCAACUAGAGCUUUUGGUACCUAUUCGGUUAGAUAUGGAGAUUGAAGGGCAAAAGUUAAGAGAUACAUUUACAUGGAACAGAAAUGAGACAUUAAUUACUCCGGAACAAUUCGCUGAAGUUCUCUGUGAUGACCUAGAUUUAAACCCCAUAACUUUCGUUCCAGCAAUUGCUCAAUGUAUACGACAACAGCUUGACUCGUUCCCCGCAGAAGGUGAAGCUCUUAUAGAAGGCCAAACUGACCAACGAGUGAUUAUUAAGCUGAAUAUUCAUGUUGGUAACAUUUCCUUGGUUGAUCAACUUGAAUGGGAUCUUAGUGAACCCAACAAUAGCCCAGAGCAAGUAGCUUUAAAGAUCUGUGCGGAACUAGGUCUUGGCGGUGAAUUUGUAACAGCCAUUGCAUACAGUGUCCGCGGACAGCUUUCUUGGCAUCAAAGAACAUACGCUUUCAGUGAAGCUCCGCUUUCUUCCGUGGAAUUGCCAUUCCGCCCCCAAGCCGAAGCAGAACAAUGGUCUCCAUUCAUCGAAACACUUACAGAUGCUGAAAUGGAGAAGAAAAUUCGCGACCAAGAUCGUAAUACAAGGCGAAUGCGACGCUUGGCCAACGCUACCCCUUGGUAGAAACUUGAUGUACGGUUUUUCUCUCAAUCUCGUAAUUUCGAACGUAACACGUUUGGUUUUUGUCGUUCAUAAUAAAAGUGGAGUUUCUUCCUGUG